CGUGCAGUCGUGGGUAUAGUACAAUACAUUACAAUAUCAUAACGUCAUGUUUAAUAAUAAUAAGAACAAUUUUAUAUUUUAAAUCCUAAUAAAUCAAAUUCGUUCCAUUCCCAUUUACCUAUUUGAAACGGACGUAUUCUUGAAAUAAAUGAUUUGAUAAUAAUAAUAAUAAGUAUACUGUAUAAUAAUAGGUAUUAUAUAAAUUAUUUAUACAUAUUUCAUUCGGCGUUAUCGACUUAUCGUAUUUUUUUUUGGAGAAUAUUAAAUAUUAAUGUUAUCACCAUUCGCCAGACACCAGCUGCUCCUCCGCCGGCUCCCACGAGUUGAUUCUUGGCAUUGGUUAAAAGAGGCUCAGAGGUAUUAUGACGGAUAGCGGUCGUACGUGGUGGUGGCGGUGGUGAUGAUAGACUAAUUACAUAGUACUUCUUCACCGGAACAUCGCAUGAUAUAUUUUCGUCGAAAAUAAAAUCGAACCUGACGUGACAUUUUUAUCACUGUUUUGUUAUUGUCGUCGUCAUCGGAUAUUAUAGUUGUUACACAUCGAUUUUCAGGCCGACAUCCAGAGCUCGCGACCGAGACCUUGGCCUCCGCAGUCGUCCAGGGACCACGUCUGAGAUGUUUCAUGGCAGUCAGUGUGCAUCAUCAAUCGCUGUAGCAACAUGUUAAACUCGACGGUUAUGGAAGGAAACGAUUUCUAUUUUCUCAACAAUAAAACCAAGACUACACCUGUCGAAAAGGAUUACAGAAUAUCCAAUAACGUACUCGGACUGGGUAUCAAUGGCAAAGUGGUGCAGUGUUUUUCCGUUAAAACCGGUGAAAAGUUUGCGCUUAAGGUUCUCGUGGACUGUCAGAAAGCUAGGAGGGAAAUCGAUCUACACUGGAGGGCUAGCGGUUGCAUAAAUAUAGUCAAUAUAAUUGAUGUAUACGAAAACCAGUACAUGGAUAAAAAAUGUUUGCUGGUUAUCAUGGAAUGCAUGGAAGGUGGUGAAUUAUUUCAACGUAUACAAGAGCACAAUGAUGGGGCCUUUACCGAAAGAGAAGCUGCACAUAUUAUGACGGCUAUUUGUUCAGCAGUCAAGUAUCUUCAUGACCUUAAUAUUGCUCACCGUGACUUAAAGCCUGAAAAUCUUUUGUAUUCUAAGCUUGGUGCUAAUGGUAUUUUAAAAUUAACUGAUUUUGGAUUUGCCAAGGAAGUUUCACAAAAAGCUCCAUUAAAAACUCCAUGCUAUACACCAUAUUAUGUUGCACCGGAAGUUCUAGGUCCAGAAAAGUAUGAUAAAAGUUGUGAUAUAUGGUCAUUAGGUGUUAUCAUGUAUAUAUUAUUAUGUGGAUUUCCACCUUUUUUUAGUAAUCACGGGCAAGCUAUUUCACCUGGCAUGAAAAAUCGAAUUAAAACUGGACAGUUUGACUUUCCUAGUCCUGAAUGGAAUAAUGUAUCUAGUGAUGCUAAAACUUUAAUUUCAAGUAUGUUAUCUGUUGAUCCUUCAGUUCGUCUUACCAUCAAUGAAGUUGUAAAACAUAAUUGGAUUGCAAGCUAUACCGAAGUACCACAAACACCGUUAUAUACUGGGAAAAUGUUGAAAGAGUCCGAAGAUGUGUGGCCCGAAGUACAAGAAGAAAUGACCCGGUCUCUAGCUACAAUGCGUGUGGAUUACGAUCAAGUCAAUAUAAAAUCAUUAAAUACUUCUAACAAUCCAUUAUUAAACAAACGACGGAAAAAAGCUUCAAACAGUACUUAGACUUUUAAUAAUAUAUUUAUUUCCCAGAUUAUUCACUAUAAACUGCUGACCUCUUCCUUAAUACCCAUGUCUUUAAUUUUUGUUAGUUUUUACUUUGUGUACUUUUUCCAAAGUUAAUUUUUGUAUCACUAUUUAUUUAAUUUAGUUAAUUAUUAUACAUGUAAUAGCACUCAAAAAAAUAACAAAAAUAAUAAAAAUAUCUUUUUCUUAAAUGAAUCUUGAUAGAAUUAUUAAAAUUACAGGAAAAUAGUGCCAUUACAUAAAAAUUUAUUGAAAUAUUAAAUUAUAAAUUAAUCUGACUUCAAGGAUAAAAGGAAAUAAUUUUAAAAGAUAAAAUUACUUGAAAAUAAUAUAGCUUGCAACAUUUUAUAUGAGAUAAGACAAUUUAAAAGACAAGAGUAAAACAAUUUAACCAGAUUUAAAAAUAAAUAACUUGAUUAGUUAUAAUAGUUCAUAUUUUAAGCAAUAUUUUUAAUUCAUAAAAUUAAAACAGAAAUAUUACUCUCUUUCUAUAUAUAUAUUUAAAAAAACAACUAGAUAAUGGAUGUAUCUUUUAUUUUUUGGAAAUUGCCUAACAUAAUAUGAUUGUUGAUUAAAAACCAAAUUAUUUAUUUUGUUAUAAUUACCCUAGUGAAUCAAGACUGUAUAUUUAGUGUGAACAUUAUUGCAAUUGUUUUCCACAUCUUUUAGUAUGUUUUAUUUUAAAUUUUUUGGAAUUUAAUAUAUAUUUGCAAAGUUGAGCCAAGAUAUUAUUUUUAUUAUGUAAAAAAUAUUAAAGUAAUUAAUGUACAAGUAUUAUUAAAUGUAAACUGUAUAACUAUAUUAUAAUCUACCUGAACAAAUUAAAAAUAAGUAUACCUAUAUUCAAUUAUUAUGACACAUAAAACUUGUGAUGCUUUAUUAUAAUUAAAUAAUAGACAUUUUAGCAAAACUAAAUUUUAAAAAAAAUGUAUGUAUAGAAUGUCUAAUAUUGGUUGUGAUAAAAUAUUAUUUUAGACAUUGUGGUUUUCUAUCCUUUUACUUUUAAUUUUAAUUUUUAUAUUCCUGAUUCAAGUCUAUUUAUACUUCAAAAUAGAGUUUAUAUUAUUUGGA